GCAAACAAUUUUGGCGGGGCUAGAACGCCCAUUGGCUAGAAUGCAACAUGGCUACAUAAACUGCAACAAGUGGUUCAGAACUGAGCGGGGUCAUAUCGGGGGAUCAUCGCGUUUGCUUUGCCCAAAAUGGACGUGUGGACGGUGGUGUACGCAGUGGCAGGCUGCUCUCUACUGUCGUUUGUGGUGACAAAACUUCGCGCUCCUGGCUUCGAAGUCGACGGUAAACAUGUCUUCAUCACCGGUGGAAGCUCUGGGAUUGGCCUGGCGACAGCGAAGAAGUAUGCACAAACAGGUGCCAAAGUCUCCAUCAUUGCCCGCGAUGCUAAGAAGCUCGAGGUGGCAAAGCAGGAGAUCGAAGCUGUUCACAAACACAAAAAUACUCCGGUAUUCGCUCAAUCCUGCGAUGUCGUCGAUUUCGAGGCAGUCAAGAAGGCGGUGGAGGCUUCAAAUGCCUUCCACAAGCGCGCCACCGACCACGUUGUCUGCUGUGCAGGCAUCGUGGAGCCUGGUUACUUCAUGGAGCAGGACGUUGCAGGGUUCAGGCGCUCAAUGGAUAUCAACUACUUUGGCUGCCUUCAUGUCGUGCACGCGGCGCUGCCGGCUAUGAUCAAGCAACACGAAGUCGAAGGCGGCAACGAUGGAGGACAGGUUACACUGGUGGGGUCUGCCUUCUCACUCAUGGCCUGCAUUGGUAGUGCGCAGUAUUCGUCCUCCAAGUACGCACUGCGAGGUCUGGCUGAGUCGUUGCGCAACGAGUUGAAGCUGUACGACAUCCGUGUGAGUGCUUUCUACCCUGGCAACGUCGACACUCCCAUGCUUGAACACGAGCUAGCACUCACUCCUCCGGAGACCAAGACAAUUGAAGGAGUCAGCACUCCACUGUCACCUGAGGCCGCGGCUCAGACGCUGGUGAACGGGAUUGCAAAGGGCCAUUUCAGCAUCACGACAGACCCGCUUGUCUAUCUUCUACGCAUCCUGUCGAACGGAGUCACGCCGAGACACAACACGGUGCUGGAGACCGCGUCGCUGCCAUUGGUCAUAGUCGUCCAGUUUGUCUUCCUCAUCUUCAUGGACGCCGUUGUCGAAUAUUCACGUUGGAAACGAGCAAAACAACGUAAAAGCGACAAGAAGGAUCAAUAACUGUUAGCAUUCUUCAUAAAGCAAAACCGAAAAUCAAGCGCAUUGGUUCAAAAGUGAAGCACAAUCUCCAUUCAUCUCCCCACUGUAGCGCAGUAUACUUCUCCUC